AAUCCUUAAACCCAUAAAAAGCAUCCUCCCCGCGAUGGUCUCUCGGCUGUCUCUGUCAUUCUCUCUCGUCCGACGCUCGGUCACGUUCUGAGAUUCUUUGCGUGCUCUCUCUCUCUCUGACUAGCGCUCAUCCUACUUUACUGUAGUUCUUUCGACACAUUGGGGGCAGUUGAGGAGAGAAAGGGAGAGUGGGAGAAAGACAGAGAGGGAGAAAGAGGGGGAGAGAGGCAAUGAUCCCUCUGCUGGUUCUCGUGUUACUUGUGGAGGGGGCGGUGGCGUCUCUGCUGAUCCUCAAGAUGGGGCCCUUCACGGAAUUGACAAUGAGAGCGUUGGAUCAGCUGCAGACGGGCAGGGGCCCUCCCACCAUCAAGACGCUCGCCUGCACCAUGUCUCUCAUAUUCAUCUCCAGCCUCACCAGCAUCCUUAAGAUCGGAAAGAAGGGUGUCAAAGUCGGCACCACCACCCCAAUGGACCAGGUCCUGUGGAGCACCCACGUUCUCGAAGCUUCUCUUAUGGGAUUCUGUCUUCUUCUGGGGUUUGUUGUUCUUCGCUUGCAUCAUUAUCUCAGAAAAAUAGGUCGUUCUCGUGCAGCCCUUGUCACUUCAAAAUUGCAGGCUGAACGGCUCGAGGAAGAGUGUUUGGUCCUCAAGGAGAAGGAGAAGAAGGCUUCUCAAGAAGCAUCGGCUUUGAAAGAAGAAAUUUCACGCCUUACAGGCCAUCUACAGAAACUGAGAGACGAGGCUGAAGAGAAGAGCAAGCAGUUGCAAGCUGCAGAAGCUAAUGUUGUUGCCCUUCAAAAGCAGUCUGAGGACCUGCUUCUAGAGUAUGACCGACUGCUAGAGGAUAACCAAGCCCUUCAGAGCCAGUCACAUAUGUACAGAAUGUGAGGAGUGAUGUGCCCCAACAAGAAUUUUGGAAGAACAUGGUGUUCUUUAGCCUGCUUAUCAGCAUGCACCCGAUCAGUUUUAGUUACCAGUUUGGCAAUUUCUUGUGCUUGUGGAGGAGCAAAAUGUCCUGGCCAGGCUUUAAUGGAAAGUUUGCAGUUCCUUUGAGUUUAUUGCGAUUGAUUCUCACAAUUUUUGGUGCGUGUCGAGGAGAGGAAUUGUUUGGUGGUGCGUGGUCAGAAAGUCCGAGGUUUCUUUUGGUUUCUUGGAGCUUUCUCUGUCCUUGCUUGUCACUGAGUCUUUGCAGCUAAUUCCAGCAAGUUUGUUGUCUGUGAAUUUUGAUGCCAAUAUGCUGAAGAUAUAUGAUCCCAUGGAAGUCCUUACCAGGGAAGAUGUGGAAGAGGCAUGCCUGUAGUUUGUUGUCCUUGCUACCAGCAACUGAAGAGUUUGCUGAUCUUGUAUUGUUUCAGGAAUUGAAAAAAUAGUGCAGCUUUGGAUUGUGUU